AUGCUCUCGUCUGCCGCUGGGCUGAGAUCAGAGCAUACGGGCUCCAAUAAUGUUAAUACUCUCGUGUCCACAGACUCUCCAGGAUCAAAGGAAACGACCGCAGGGCCAAAUUCAGAUGUGCACGUUCCCUGGUACCUGCAGGUAGAGACGCCUACCCCCAUGGAGGCUCAUCCUCUGGCGCAUAAGCAACAACUACCACCACUUCCGGAAAACCCACCUCCAAUUCUGCAGGAUAUUCUACAACACACUUCCGUGGAUAUUGGUCUUGACGAUCUAGUUCUUCUUGACCUCCGUGGGCUCGAUCCGCCUCCGGCUCUUGGCGGCAAUGUGAUCAUGAUUAUCGGGACUGCACGCAGUGUGAAGCAUCUCAACGUCUCAGCUGACCGCCUGUGUCGCUGGUUACGGAGCACGUACAAGCUGCGCCCCUAUGCCGAUGGGCUCCUGGGUCGGAACGAACUAAAGAUUAAACUCCGGCGAAAGGCUCGUCGGGCCCGUAUUGCCAGUAGUUCGGGAGCGACCUUGGAACAGAAGGAUGACGGUAUUACCACAGGCUGGAUCUGUGUCAACGCGGGUAUCGUCGAAGACUCUGAAUCGCUCCGCGAGUCGAGAGUAAGAGAUGAAAGCUUUGAGGGUUUUGGGAAGACCGCUGGUGGAACAAGGAUCAUUGUGCAGAUGUUCACCGAGGAGAAACGAGCAGAGAUCGAUCUCGAAGGACUCUGGGGCGCUGCCCUGGAAAAGAAAGCCCAAGGAAAAUACCAGGACGUCGCCGUCAAUCCAGAAUUGGCAUCCGAAGAGGUUCGUGCUUCCCCAGAAACAUUCGACCAAUCGUCAUCUGACCGUGGAAUUCCCCCGACUACUAGGACCCCAGCGACAAUUAUUUUAGGACGGAGAAGCAUCCACACAUCCAGCAGUAGCCCCAGUAAUGGAGCGCCCACUCAAAGCGCCAAUAUCUCCGGUGAAGAUGGCCUGCCUGGGAAUAGUUUUGCUGUUCCAGCGAAUCAAAUAGUAUCAGGGUGUACCAUAGAUAUCGAAUCAUUAUUUCAAAGCCUCUCCGGACUCCCAGACGCGAUGCUGCGAUACGAGUUUGGAAACGGCCCGGAUGACCGUGAUUCGACUCUCUUUCUGCGACUUUUCUAUGGCAGACCCGAUAAUUUCCCUCCGGAACAGAUGAUCGCCGCUCAACUAAGACUGAUGUGCAUGGCAAUAUCUCUGCAACAUCCUUUGUACAGCAAAGACCGGCUCUGGGAGACAUUCCAAGAAUACACUUCGUAUGGCUAUCCCGUCUCUGAUAAUUUGGGCUUUGAUGUUGUAUCUGCUCUUUUAACGCCGUGCAGUGUCGAUGUUAAUAUCGGCCAAUCCGGCGACUCGCUGCCAGCAUCUGACAAAGAGCUUGCUUUGCGUGUUUUGGACUAUCUGAGUCUCCAAGGUACGGAUGUGCUUAACAUGCGUGUAUUCAAUAUUAUCUACGAAGCAGCUAGCCGUUCCCUCCCCAGCUCAGACGAAGAAACGGCCUCAACACAUGUACAACAUUCAGAAUCUGUCGCGUCUGUCGAGGAUAUUUCUGAGCUCCAAUAUCUGAACCUCACUCGGGUUUCGAAGGUCAUCGAAGCCUUAAAUCUUGAUAUUGACCCGGUUCAAGCACGUAUCCUCCUAGCCCUCCAGUUUCGCAACGGUGACAUUGACGGUUUUUGGAGACUCUGGCACAAAAUCCCCCUUCAUGGAAUUCGGCGAUCUGCCGCGGAUUAUGAGCUGCUAUUCAGUUUGCAUGCUGAGCUGGAGGAUGUGCGUCGGACGCGCGACUGUAUCUUAUCCUGGGUUCCUAUGAUGGAGCGAGAACAGCCCAGAAUACCGCUCACUGGGAAAUUGGCAGAGCUCAUCCUGUCAUGUCUCCGUGUGGUCGACCCUUCGAUUGAAAAUAAAGCGCUGGAAGGUUCCGCGUCAGCAUUUCCAGCGCUCUGGAACCGUUGCCUGGCCGCUCUGGAUCAUAGAGAUGUCCCAAUCAUGGAGUACAUGUCAAGUCUGCAGAAUGACUUUGACGAUUCAAAGCCCUCUCUAUUCGAACUUCUUUCAGAGCAGCAGCUCUCAGCUCUCCUUCCGCCAUCAAUCCGUUACCUCCUUGCUGUCGCCACACACCGACACCCGCGAUAUCUACUCCGCAUCCUCAACUCCUUCGACGAGGUGUACGCGGUCCUCUCACUCAUCGUCGAACGAUACUACCUCCGCACCUUCGGCGGUUCAUUUACUGAGAACUUCUACUCCCUCAAACGCGAGCGCGUCCUUCGAACCAAGAAUGGCGAGAUCCCCCGCGCGCAGCUGGGCGCUGCCGGCCCCGUCCGCGAGACGCUCAAGUUGCGCACGUCCGACGUAUGGAAGAACCUGCUGGUCAUGGUCGGGUUGCCAUACUUGAAGCGCAAGUUAGAUGAAGGAUAUGACAUCCACGCAGCGCCGCAGGCGUCACUGAUCAUGAGCGGCGGGCCGCGAUAUAACCCCAGCGAUGACCUUCCGCCACGGCCGACCCUCAAGCAGCGCUUCGUUUAUUAUUAUAAAUGGUUCCUGAGAAACGUAUAUCCGUCGGUGAAUGCGGCGUAUUAUUUCUCGAUUUUGGCCUUCAAUCUAGCCUAUCUGUUUGAUAAUACGAAGUAUUCGUCGCCGUUCCUCUGGCUUAUUGGCACCCGGAUACGGCGUCUGGGACCGGCGGAUCAUCGUGCUAUCGCGGCUGCUAUGGCUCCUAAGCCCGGCGGCAGUCCUGGUGGUAGCAAUGCUCGAUCUCGACCGGGUUCUUCCCUCCUGGGCAUGUUCAGCCCGCAGAAUCUAUAUCCUCAGCUCCUUUCAUCUCUGCGCUUCUUCCUCCCAGCAUCGAUCUUCGCCCUGAAAUUCCUCGAAUGGUGGCACGCCAGUGACUUCUCGCGCCAACUCACCUGGAAAGCCACCGAGACACUCGACCUCCCUGCCCCCGUGGUAUCCGGACAGGUCGAGCCCUCCAAGAAGAAACCCACCACUUCUCCCUCCCCGACUGCAUCUACGACGGAUCUCAAACCCGCCCUGAAGACCCCCCGUCGUCGCGCUCAACCUCCAAUCUCCUCUUCAUCUCUCCUUCCCAUAUUCACCAUCGCCCUCCCGCCUGCAGAUCCAGAGAGCACAAACACCUGCCCCAUCUGUCUCAACCAGCUAGUCAACCCAACUGCCUGCCAAACAGGCUACGUAUUCUGCUACGUCUGCAUCUUCCGCUGGCUGAACGGCGAGCAUGAGCGACAGAUCGAUUUCAUGAACGGUGAAGGAGGCGGCGCUGCAUGGGAGGAUGAAUAUGAAGCAGGCGAAGACGGCGUUGAUGAAACCGGACGUGGGAGCGGCAUGAAAGGCAGGAGUCGAGAAGGCAAAUGGGAGAGUGGACAGGGUAGAUGUCCGAUUACGGGACGGAGAGUCCUUGGUGGAACGGAGGGGUUGAGAAGAGUCCUGGUCUGA